GGGAGGGGCGGGAGGGAGGUGGCGCCGCCUCGGGGGGGUUCUAGGGCUGCACCCAAGCAUUUUUUCCAUUUUUAUUUUUUUGCAACUCCCAUUUUUGGGGGCCGCUUUUGGGGAGCAUCUUUCCCGCGAUCCCCCGGCUGAGUGCCCUGCGGCCCCCCAGGUCCGCCUGCCCGGUUGGCCGAAGCCCCCCGAGGCCCGCCCGCCCGCCUGCCCCGCGGCGCGCCCCCGCCGCCCGAGCGAUGAGCAUUGAGACGCUUCUGGAGGCGGCCCGCUUCCUGGAAUGGCAAGCGCAGCAACAACAGAGAGCACGUGAGGAACAUGAGAAACAUCGGUUGGAGCGGGAGCGGGAGCAGAAGGCCAACGCCACGAGGGUUAAUCAUAUGCUGCCCCCUGAAGAACCCCGGAUUGAGGCCCCCCCGCUUCCCUUGUCCCCUCCAGCUCCACCACCUGCCCCCCCACCCCCUCUGGCCACCCCAGUGACUGUCAUCCCCAUCCCUGUGGUGACAGGCUCCCCACAGCCAAUGUGCCCCCCACCCCCCUUACCCUUGCCCCCUGCCCAGCCGCUAACCCUAGCCCCACGCCAGCCAGCCUUGGUCAGCGCACCUGGACUCAGUAUCAAGGACCCCAUCCCCCCACUCCCCAGGCCACCAGCCACUGCCACCCCACUCCUGCCGGACUCGAAGGGCACCGCCGCACCUACAGGCAGCCCCAAACCCCUGCAGCCCUUCCCCACACCCAUCCUGACCAUCGCCCAGCACCACGUGGUCCAGCAACCCAUUCAGCCUCAGCUGCCACCCCCGCAGCCACCUCCACCAGCCACACUGGCUGCUCUGAAGUUGGCGCCUGCUGAGGAGGUGAAGCACAGCGAGCAGAAGAAGCGGCCAGGGGGGAUCGGGACCAGGGAAGUUCACAACAAAUUGGAGAAGAACAGGCGGGCCCAUCUGAAGGAAUGCUUUGAGACUCUGAAACGGAACAUCCCCAAUGUGGAUGAUAAGAAAACGUCCAAUCUAAGUGUCCUCCGCAGUGCCCUGAGAUACAUUCAGACGCUGAAACGGAAGGAGAAGGAGUACGAACAUGAGAUGGAGCGGCUGGCCCGGGAGAAGAUCGCCACACAGCAGCAGCUGACAGAGCUGAAGCGCGAGCUGAGCCAGUGGAUGGACGCGCUGGAGAUGGAGCGGGUGCUGCGGCAGGCAGGGCAGCCCGAGGACGACCAGGCCUCCACCUCCACUGCGUCAGAAGGCGAGGACAACAUAGAUGAAGACAUGGAGGAUGACCGGUCAGCCGUGGGGCUGCCCAGGCUGAGCCAGCGGCCACAACCUGAGCUCCUGAAACCAGCUCCCCUGCCUCCUGGCACGGCCCCUGCUGCUCCGGCCCCUCCCUCCCACCCUGCGGCUCUGCAGCAGAAGCCCCCCCCUGCAGCAGCAGCCGCCCAGACCCUGGUGCCAGCCCCCGCCCACCUCGUGGCCACGGCGGGAGGGGGCUCGACGGUCAUCGCUCACACGGCCACCACCCACGCCUCAGUCAUCCAGACUGUGAACCAUGUGCUUCAGGGCCCGGGGGGCAAGCACAUUGCCCACAUCGCCCCCUCGGCCCCCAGCCCCGUGCAGCUGGCGCCCGCCACACCCCCCAUUGGCCACAUUACUGUCCACCCUGCGGCCCUCAACCACGUGGCCCACCUGGGCUCCCAGCUGCCCCUGUACCCACAGCCGGUGGCCGUGAGCCACAUCGCCCACACCCUCUCCCACCAGCAAGUCAAUGGCACGGGUGGUCUGGGGCCGCCAGCCACGGUCAUGGCCAAGCCGGCUGUGGGUGCCCAGGUGGUCCAUCACCCUCAGCUAGUGGGCCAGACGGUCCUAAAUCCAGUGACCAUGGUCACCAUGCCAUCCUUCCCCGUCAGCACCCUGAAGCUGGCCUGAAGGGGGUGCCACUUGGAGGUCCCUGGCACCACCCCCACCAAGCAGCUCCUCACAUUCCAGCCCGGCUCCCUCCCCUGCCCUCAGGAGAAGGGCAGAGUGCAGAGACUAAGCCCAGAGGGAGAAGAGAAAGGAUGGGGGCAGGCCCUGCUCCCGACUCUGAGCUGGGCCAGAAGGGCACCGGGGAAAAGGCCUGGCCCUGCUGCAUUUGGACUUGACAAAAAACCCAAGAGACACUUUGGUGAGCGUGGUCCCUGUGGCUCUGGUGGCUGCCUCGAUUUCCGUUCUCGUCCCAUUCUGUCCCUGCCUCGCCUCCCCUCGGUGUAAUCAGUGAGCUGUGGAUGUGAUGUACUUGGUUUUCGUCCCUUGUCCCUCCCUCUUUCCCGUCCCCCCUCAUGUGCUGCUGAUGCUGCUAUUGCUCUGGAGGGUGAGGCGGCUGAGCUCUGGGGGCCCUCCCCCCCCCACCCCCCGGGGGGGGGCUCUCUAGCCAGGCCUGGGCCAGGGUUGUGCUGUGGAGGUCAUUUUGUCCAGAUAACCAUUACGUGGAGAUCUGGGGUGGGGGCUGCUGUGAACACAGUGAUGGGAAGCAGACGGUUCAGUGGGCCAGAGGAGCUGGGUGGGAUAUGGGCCCCAAUAUCUGGGGGUGCCCCCAACACCCUUUCCCUCAGCCCACACUACAGUCUGAUUGAUCCAUCUGAGGUCACUGUGAUUUGUUACAGUAGAAACUAUUUAAGACAAUUCUCUACUAAUAAUAAACCAAAUGAAAGAGAAAACCAGGGAGAUUCCCGUGGGGGUUUAUUGCUGGUGUGUUCUUCUGCCCCCCACUCCACUUCCCAAACCCCUGACCCCUGCUCUUGAGGAAGAUACAGUGACUGACUGACCUUAGGAUGCCAGACUGACUUGGGGUCUCUGGGGUGGGCCCUGUAUAGUCCCUAUGGAUCUGGGCCUCCCUAGCCCUGGUGUGGGUGGAGAUUCAGAGAUACAGCCCGAGAGCUCGUCCCUGGACCUGGAUCCUUCCCUUCUCUCCGGUCUCCUCUGGGCCCUCUCCCCCAGACAGAUCCUUUCAGGGAUAGGGAAGAGAGAAGGAGCAUGGGAGGAGGGAGGCCAGGGUCUGGAUCCACAGCUGGGAGUGAAGAGGCUCCGCACCUCCCGAGUCCCCUCUCCUUCCCUCUGCUCCGAUAUGUGCAGUUGUAACUGGUGGACACGUGUGCAUGUGUGUGUCUGUGCAUGCUCAGUCUGUGUGCAUAUGUCCGUGUGCAGGUAUGCGUGUGUGUUUCUUGGUGCUCCCCCUCCCCCGCAUUGAAUUUGAGGAAGGGCUUUGUGGUUUGGGUUCUGGGGUCCUGGGGUCCUAGAUUCUUCUCUGGGCUGAGUUUAGGAGACCCUUUGGCCAGAUGGUGACGACCAUGGGGAGGUGACGCUGCAAUGAUGACCCCACUCCCAGCUCUUACAUAGGUGCAAGAGUCCUAGGUCCUGGGAAGGACUGGGGAUCACAUCAGAAACUGGCCUUUUUGACAUUAAGACUAAAUAAUGGGCAGUGACUGUAGCCUGGACCCUCCGUUUCCUUCUCUGGUUCUCCUCUUGUACCUUCCUGCACCCUGCUUUCUUUCACCUCUCUGGUUUACUUUUGAUGCUUCGGACUGAGCCUGGGGAACAGUCACUUUAGCAUCCUGCUGCCUCAGUUUCUCCCUGAGGAUGGCUCUCAGGCAUUCCUCCAGAGGGGAAAGAAGGGGAAAGAGCUUGCCCAGACCUCUGCCCUGUCCCCCCCAACCCCAGCUCCCAAAGAGCUAGGGCUAGGAAUGGGGCUUAGGAUGGGGGAGGGAGGGGCCUGCUUCCCCCAGCCCUCCCCACUAGUGAGUCUACCUUGGACUAGCUUUGGUUUCUCGUCUCUUUUCACAUAGUUAUUACAAGUGACCUUGUGUAAAACACAUGCGCAUACAUGUACACUCAGAUACCCAUUUAGGCACAUCUAUAUUCAUAUACUAGUUGCCUUCAUGGGAGCUGUUUGGCAAGGUAUCCUAAGGAUAGAGUCCAGCACCAGGCAUGUGCCCUUGGGGAGAAGGCACUGUAGGGAGGCCUUAGGCCCCCUACGUUUUAUGGAGGCUGUGUUGGCUAGGUAUGGUGUCUUGGGUGUCAGGUCAGAAGAAUGGGCAAUGCAAUCACCUCAAAGACCCCAAAGUGGAUCUGCCUGGAAGGCAGCCCUAAUUGCUUCCAGACCCCCUUUCAGUUCCCUCUUUGGACUGGGAGAUUUUAGGCAGUUCCUUCCUCUGCCUUUUGGGGAAUGUACAGGCAGGCCGUUCCAUUCAGUGCCUGGCCUUGGGAGAGAGGCUGGCCUAGAUGGUACCAGCACACAUUACUCAUGCCCAGCUUCCCUCCUGGCUGUAGCCUCCGCCCGGUGGCCUCCACCCCGAGUCCUUAGCUCCACUUUGUCCUCUGUGGGGCAGCCUUGUAGGCAGUAGGCCCUUGGGGGCGGGGCGGGGCAGGGUGGGAGGGUAUGGAGGCAGAGGUGGCUCUGUCGAGAGAGUUGGAUGGGGAGACUUGGCUCUCCGGCCUCUCCUCUCCUCCUUCCCUUCCCCCUCUGUCAGCCAUGUCAGCCACGCCAGCCACGCAGCACUCAUGGCCAGACGAGAAUGGAAUCGAAAUUGUGCCUCCCCCCACUCUCUGGGGUUUGUGCCCAGAUACUUAUCCAGCCCGCAAGGCACUUGGGGCGGGCGGGGGUCUGUGUCGUGCCAACUGUGUCCUGAGUGGCUCUGGUGGGUGUCCUUGGUGUUGUGUUCUGUUGUUUCCUGGUGAACGCUGUGAUGCUGUACCACUGGGGGCUGUUGUCCCCCUGCUUCCCCAGCCUCAUCCUUGUGGAGUAUCUCCUUCAGCAGCCACCAGGCCUAGCCCUGGCCCUCCCCGCCCCACCCUUGGGGAUACUGAGCCCUGCCUUUCUCCCCAGACCUUCUGACUUGGGACACACACACAUACACACUCACACAGACGCCCACAGACACUCACACAUCUUACCUCUCAUGCUUAUUUUAUUUUUUUAUGUUCUCUAAGUGACUCACUGGCUGGGAGUCUUUACCUCGAUGGGCUCGGGUCCUCAGGGGGCUGGGGAGGAGGGGCCAGUGGGCAGGGUGAGCACAGUGGGGUGCUUUGGGGGCCACACUUAGGCCCUGCCCUCUCCAGGAUGAGCCCCCCGUCCCUCCUCAGGGUGCACCCCCCCUCCCCAAAGAGGUGGCCCUUGUUUACAGUGAGGACUCGGUCACUGUGUCUCUGUUUCCGGAUAUCUGAACCCUCAAGACCCCGGACUGUAGAGAUUUUUAUGUGUUUGGAUACAUCUGCUGUGUGAAAAAAAUCAAACAAAAAAACCCUACAAAAACCCUAAUUUUGUACAUAUUGUAUUUUUACUAUUGAGCUGUAUUCUAGUGGCUGUUCAUGCUCUAAGACUUUAGGUAUCGGGACAUGAAUACUCCCCAUGUAAAAGCACUUGCCUGGAAUAAAACAAUGAAACAAAUAAA